UGGACUGCAGGUAAGGUGAGGACAUUGACCUCUGCCUAUGUACAUGUACAUCUGUGUUAGCAACAGACGCUUAUGAUACUUAUUAGCUACAGCAGAACAUACAGGAUUUUUAAACAGGUGCACACAAAAGUCAUGCCUCCCAGAAAGAGAAAAGCUCCAGAGGAAUCAACUUCGACGGCUAAAGCAGCAAAGAAGAAUGACUCUAAAAGAAAAGACAAGACAACUGGAGCAUCAUCUGGUGGCUCCUUGAAUCUGCCGUCGUUUCUUAAAGAUGAGACAUGGAGGGACAAACUGAAGGAAGAAUUUGAGAAGGAUUACUUCAGUGGCAUCGAGGAGUCCUUGUCAGCUGACUAUUCAAAAGGAGAGGAAAUAUUUCCACCAAAGGAACUUAUUUUCAAUGCAUUUAAUCUUACACCACUGGACAAGGUUAAGGUGGUUCUCCUUGGGCAAGACCCUUAUCAUGACACUGACCAGGCCCACGGACUGUCCUUCUCGGUCCGUCCCGGUGUGAAGAUCCCCCCGUCCCUUAAGAACAUCUACAAGGAGCUGAGUUCAGACAUCCCAGGUUUCACCGCGCCCGAACACGGCUGUCUGGAGAAGUGGGCCAAGGAGGGAGUCCUGCUGCUGAAUGCUACUCUAACUGUACAAGCCCACAAACCAAACUCCCACGCUAAGAUCGGGUGGCAGAAGUUUACAGACGCUGCCAUCAAGGUUGUGAGUGACCACACCCAGGGAGUGGUGUUCCUUCUGUGGGGAGGGUUCGCUCACAAGAAGGAGAAACUAGUGGACCAGGCCAAACACCGUGUGGUCAAGACUGCCCACCCCUCACCACUGUCAGCAAGCAAGUUCAAGGACUGCAAAUGCUUCUCAAGGGUUAACUCUGCCUUGAAGGAACUCGGUAAAGAAGAGGUAGACUGGUCAUUGUAAUUCAUUAAGUUGUGUACUGUAAAUUCACUUGUAUGGUGUACACUGAAUGGUGUUUAAGGUAUUUUUCAUCAAGUCAGAAUUUUACAAUUAUCAUUCAUUAAAAAAAUACAUUGUAUACAAUCAUAUCUAUAUCUGAGAGAUGUCAAAUAUCAAAAUAUACAUAGCUGCAGGGUUAUAGAAAUAAAAGAAAUAGAGAUGAAAACAUCUGAUUGACAUAUACAUGUAUGUACAUGUAUACAUGUAUGUACCAAUUGAAACUAUUAUAUUAUCAUGUCAUAUUGAACAAAUAUUAGAUUGUUAUUAACACUGUUAUGAAUGGCGAGGAGAUUGCUGUAUGCAUGUAGCAAGUCAAUUUUAACAAACAAAAUCAAUGCAGUCUCAUCAUUGAAAUAUCAGCCAUAACAGUACUAGUACAUGUACAUCAGACCAGCAUGCACAUGCACUUCUUUUAAAUAAAAUGUGUCCCUUUCAAGCAUAACAAAGAACUCUCUAGCUUUACCUUAAAUCCAUUUUAAUGUCACUCACUUCCCUUACAAUGACUUGUUUGUCAGAAAGAUGUGUUUUGUAGUUUUUAUUGCCUUUUA